CAGUCAGUAGUGGCUGCGAGACCGCCUGCCUGCCUGCAUCGAGAGAGCGAGCUAGCGAGCCGAGCGAGCGCGCGCCGAGAAGGAGCAACGGUGAAUCUGCUGCUCUGCUCACUCGCUCAGUGCCGGCGCUGGGCCCCUUUUGACUCGCGCCGCGCUGCUUUCGCAACGCCUUUCGCGCCUUCUUCGCUCCGAGUUGGCCCUUUCCAGCCGGGAGGAAUGAAAUUCAGCACAAAAAACUCUGGCGCGGCUAACAAGCAGUGCCCGUGGUGUUUGGCGAUAUGAGCCUGCCAGGAGCUGGGCAGAGCGGGGUGCUACUUCUCUUCCUGACACUCGUGUCGGCCGCGGGGUCGAGCUUCUACUCGUCGUCGUCGUCACCUCCGUCGUCGGCGUCAUCCUCCAGCAACUCCGUGUCCAGUGGCCGCGUGCUAGUUUCUCUCCUCGGCUACCCGACGUCGUGUGUCUACAACGGAGGUCUCCACGCGUGCACCUUCAGCCUCGCCUGCUGGCUCGUCGGAGGCCAGUUCCAGCGCGGGUGUGGAGGUCCAGGUUGGCUGGUCACCUGCUGCGUGCCUGCCCGCAUUUCCGUCCGCACCGACCACCCCGCUCCGCCCGAGUACAAUGAAAUCGCCCUCAGGAACAACCCCUACCGCAGGGAGCACGAUGAGUCCAAUGAACUCCAUCCUAUCAGAAAAAUUGAGUGCGGACUCCCGCAGAUCCACGAGUUUCGAAAGAGAAUAAUCGGCGGUGAUGAAGCCUACUUCGGCGAGUUUCCCUGGCAGGCGCACAUCAGGAUAUCCGGCUACCAGUGCGGCGGCGUUUUGGUCAGCAGACAGUUCAUUGCCACCGCCGCCCAUUGCAUUCACAGGGCUCGUUUGAAGGACAUCACUGUAUAUCUGGGCGAAUACGACACUCAGGACACUGGCAGGUAUGAAGAGCCGUUGCCCUCCGAAGUCCACAGGGUGGUGCAGAAAAUUGUGCACCCGAAAUUCCAGUACAGGGUCGCUCAGCCCGACAGGUACGAUUUGGCGCUUCUGAGACUGGCGCGACCUGUUUAUUUCAAAGACAACAUACUGCCCAUAUGCCUGCCCAGAGAGGACACGUCGUUUCGUGGACAAACCGGGGUUGUCGCUGGUUGGGGAAAAACUGACACUUCCUACGGAAAAACUGGUACAAAUAUUUUGCAAAAAGCAACAGUGCCGAUCUUGCGCGACGACGAAUGUCUGCUGUGGCACAAACAGAAAAAUAUCCGGCUGGAACUGUUCUCAGAAAUGUUCUGCGCGGGCCACAGGGACGGUCACAUGGAUGCCUGUUUGGGUGAUUCCGGGGGGCCGCUGAUUGUGAAUCACGACGGCCGGUGGACGCUGGCCGGGAUAACGUCGGCAGGCUUCGGGUGCGCGGUGGACCACCAGCCUGGCAUCUACCACAAAGUGGCCGUGACCUCGAGGUGGAUCGUGAAAACCAUCGCAAACUCUUCCAGAUUUGUUGACUUCCAACACGACUAGGCCGCGUGCAUUUAUUAACAUUUACAUAUUAACACGUUCAAGAGAAACAAAUACCAUGUCAGUGCCAUUGAGACUUUGAGGAACUAAACAUUUCUUGAACACGCGCCAUAAAAGACCUUUAGCUUUUUCAAAUUUGUAUGAUUUCUUCUGUAAACCUGAAUGACGACGAGUAGCUCUAAUUCAAAUUGAAUUCUGAAGUAUUAAGGAAGAUUGUGUGUUGCCCUCUUCAGAUGCGACUAAAAUGCUUGCAAGAAAUCAAAACUUCGAUUUUUACUAAGGAUUAUUUUAUGGUCAUAUCCAUUAAUUAGUUUUUAAUUUAACACGCCAGCAGACCCAUCCUCAUAAUCAUUUGUAAAAAGUAGAUCAUUUAUAUAUUUAUUUAUUUAUUAAAAAAGAGUAAAUCAUAGAUCUCAUGAUUUUAGUUGAGCGUAUCCAAAUCAUCGAUUAAUUAUACACUGUCUAAUUUUAAUAUGUUAUAUCAUUGAAAUCACCGAUAAAACUGCUGUUGUUAAUAAAUGAUAUUAAGCUAAA